AUUGACAACACUUGUCGUAAAGAAUGUAGUGCUAAGGCGGGUGAUAUGAGCGCUUAUACCAAGGUGGACCUGACCAAGGGUGAUUUGAAAUUCAGAUUAAUUGAGGAGUGCGAUCCUGAUUAUUUGGAGUGCAUAACCAAACUCAAUGAGACCGAUGCAAAGUUUAGGGCAAAUGUGAAGAGAAUGGAUGAGAUAGAGGAUCAAAAAGAGAAAGAUAAAAUUGAUGUACUGUUUAAAAUCAAAUGCAUAAUGGACGCUGUUAAACAACGAUCGCCUUGGCACAGUGGUCAAUGGUCACUGGUCAUUGUAAAGGCCCUGGCACAGUCGCCAAUGGUCAUUUAA